GAAAAAAAAGCUUUGUAAUUGGGAACUAAUGAGAUUAGAGCACUGUGGGAAGACUCCCACUGGGUGAGCCGGAGAAGAGGGCGAUCAGACCUAGCAGACAGCGAGAGAGCUCUUAACCGGCCGAGUUACCGAGUUUGGCUAAAAGCUUUUCCGACACACAAAUUCGGCCAGGGUUAUUUUUGUAGAAUUUGCGGUGGUUAUAUUAAAUUAAGUGGCCAUGAUUAAAGCUGUGAUUGUGAUGAACGACCAAGGCAAGCCUCGCCUCGUCAAAUUUUAUUCUUUUCAGGCAGUGGAGAAGCAGCAUGAGCUGAUUCGGAGCAUUUACGGAGUUUUAUGCAGUCGAGCCAACAAUGUGAGCAAUUUCAUUAAGGUGGAUUCGCUGUUUGGACCUGAUGCACGACUUGUGUACAAGACUUUUGCCACGCUAUACUUCAUAUUUGUAUUUGAUAGUUCUGAGAAUGAGCUUGCCAUGCUGGAUCUCAUGCAAGUUUUUGUGGAGACACUGGACAAAUGCUUCCAUAAUGUAUGUGAGCUUGAUAUAAUCUUCAAUUUCAACAAGGUCCAUUCAAUUUUAGAUGAAAUCAUUUUAGGAGGUCAAGUUCUUGAGACCAAUUCUUCAGAAGUUGCAAAGGCAGCUGAAGAAAUCUCAAAGAUGGAGAAACAUGCAAACUCCGUUACGUUAGUUCCAUCCAUUUCUGGUUGGAGCAAUAGAUAGCAACAAUUUUGCUCUAGCAAGUAUCCACAGCCGUGAUCAUCUACAGAAAAGCUACAAAGAUCCACUCAACCCCCAGACAGACACCAUUGAGUUUGCAUAGAUCUCAGUCGGUUGUUCUUUCCAUGAAUUCAUGGGGUAGUCAUGUUGUAGCCUAGUAUUCUCCAUUUAACAGUUUUUGACGCAUAGAUUUGUUAUCAGAGGUUGGUAAAGGGCGGUUGUGGUGUUUGUAAUACAGAACUCGGGUGAAUGAAUAUGCGUCCACUGUCUUUCGAGUUUUGACUGAAUUCACAGUGCUUAUAUUUUAAGGCAAUGACUUUUGCUCA